AUGCGCACCCACAUACUGCGCAGUCUGGCAACAGCCGCACGCGCAUCCCCCUUCCGAUCAAUCCACAUCCAAUCCUCCUCAUUAAGGCCAUCCCGAGCAACAUGCAGCAACCCGAACCCCCUCUCACAAUCAGCUCUAUCCCGACCAUUCUCCCGCUCCACUCCCGUCUCGUCAUCCCCGUUCCGCCUCACGUCGAAACCCGACACCGACCACACAAUCCCCCCCGAACCACCCCUCGACGGCGAACCGGCCCCCUACUACAGCCCCUACAAGCCAAAGCGCCAAUGGCCCCCGGAUAUGUCCAAGCUUUCCCCGAAACACCAGUUCCGGCUCGAGCGCAAGUACCGACGGCGCGCCGCGCUCAAGUUCGCUCGGCCUAAGUGGGUCAAGGCGACCAAGUUGCUUCAAUGGGGGGUAAUCGGAUUUGUUUUGAUAUAUGCUUUGCUGUUUAUGGAGUGGGAUGAGAGGGGAAGUCCGUUCGAUGAGAUUCGACGGGCGUUCUUUUCCGGCGUCAAGGAUACAUUCUCUACUCCGCCGCCUCCACGCCCUGUCAGGAGAGCUGACGAUACUGCUCAGGAGUAG